UCAAUUUGUUCAACCAAAACCCAAACCAAAAAACCUUCCUCCACUCCCCCUCGUUACUGUCGCCUCUCUCUCUCUCUCUCUCUCCCCCCAUCACCUUCUCAAUAAAUUUCUCAAAACCUAAACCCACCCAUCACAAACACCUCUCUCUCUCUCUCUCACUCUCUCACUCUCUCACUCUCACAUCAAUGGCUUCGACAGCUCUCUCUCACACCACACUUUUUCCUCUCCUCUCAGCUCUCACCGAACCCACACCAACUUCUCUCUUUCUUUGCGUCGAUCGAUUUCUGUCUCCUCCUCUACAACCUCUUCUUAUCUCCAGAUCCCUCAUUCUCCCGACCCAAUCGAAGACCAAUCGCACUUGUUUUGUAUCUAAUUGUUCUGCAGUUGGGAAACAAAACUCCACCGAAGAAGUUCCCAUCGAAUUCAGGUACCCAGCGUUUCCGAGCGUGAUUGAUAUCAAUCAGAUUCGCGAGAUUUUGCCCCACCGCUUUCCCUUUCUUCUAGUAGAUAGAGUGAUUGAAUACAAUCCAGGAGUUUCAGCUGUUGCUAUUAAGAAUGUAACAAUAAAUGAUAACUUCUUUCCUGGGCAUUUCCCCGAGAGGCCUAUUAUGCCUGGUGUCCUCAUGGUUGAGGCAAUGGCACAGGUCGGUGGCAUAGUCAUGCUGCAGCCAGAAGUGGGAGGAUCCCGUGACAACUUCUUCUUCGCUGGAAUCGACAAAGUCAGAUUCCGGAAGCCAGUUAUUGCAGGAGACACAUUGGUGAUGAGAAUGACACUCAUCAAGCUACAGAAACGGUUUGGAAUAGCGAAGAUGGAAGGGAAGGCAUACGUCGGAGGCGAGGUGGUAUGUGAGGGUGAAUUUUUGAUGGCUAUGGGUAGUGAAUGAUAUUGAUGUCUGCAACUGAUAUUGUUAAAAUUUUUGCAGUAUCUGUUGAUUUUCUGAUUUUCUUUCCUUUGUUUUUUUAGCAAAACCUAAGGCAACCUCUCCAUUUUGUUGUUGUUAGAACUGUUGAGCAUCUAUUUUAUCUUUAGACAAAGUCUACAUUAAUAUGACCUAAAUGCCCAGUAGCUUUUCAGUAAUGUUGGUUUUCAUUUAA